UCUGCUCUCUGAAACAGAGUCAGAGUGAGACCUCUGUCCUCAGCACUUUGUUCUGCUCUCUGAAACAGAGUCAGAGUGAGACCUCUGUCUUCCCCACCCUGGUAGCUGCUCCGUGUCUCCUCCGUUAGCCUAGCCGCGGGCUGAUAGCUGCAGCCCGGGUAAACAUGGCCAUGUCGCAGGCUCUGUCCGAGGAGGAGUUCCACCGGAUGCAGGCCCAGCUGCUGGAGCUGAGGACUCAGAACUACCAGCUCUCUGAUGAUCUCAGGAAGAACUCAGCAGAACUGAACGCUGUUCGACUGAAGAACGUCAACCUGGAGAGAGAUUUUAUCAAAGCACAGAAGGCUUUGAAUAAAAGUAAAAAAGCUCAGGAAGUGGACGCCUUGCUGAGUGAGAACGAGAUGCUGCAGGGGAAACUCCACAGUCAGGAGGAAGACUUCCGUCUGCAGAACACCACCCUGAUGACAGAACUGUCCAAGCUGUGCACACAGAUCGAGCAGCUGGAACAGGAGAACCAGAACUUAAAGGAUGGGGGUGGAGCCUCUGUAACCAGUCCACCUCUUAACUCCGCCUCCAGCCCUGCAGAUGGAGAACUGCUCCGCCUCCAAGCUGAAAACUCCACCCUGCAAAAGAAAUUAAAAGUCCUUCAGGAACGGUUCGACGUGGAUCUGCAGCGGCAGACUGUCGCCCACAGCAACCAGAGCGCCGCCACCGAGACUGACCAAUCAGCUGACACCAAUGGUGAUGUCACAACAGGUGGAGAGGAGGCGGGGUCAGAUGGAUCCAAUAAGAGAUCAGGACAGCGUCAGCACACAGACCAACAGCUACACGGCCGGUCAGAGACGAGCAUAGAGAGGAUUGUAGGUAAGCAGGCAGCACUAGGCUGGUCGGCUGCUCUCUGUCCAAUAACUCACUGCUUUGGACCAGAACUGGAGAUGGCCCUGACCACCGAGCAGGAGGAGAAGAGGCUGCUGAAGGAGCAGGUCCACAGCCUGGAGGUGUCCAAACAGACUGAAGUCACCAGACUGCAGGAGGAGAUAACAAAGCUCUCUGACAAGUUAAAGAAGAAGCAGGAGAGUUUUCAGCGUCUGCAGAGUGAAAAGGAGGUUCUGUACAACGACAGCAGGACAAAGAUCGAUGAGAUCAACCAGAAGAAAGAAGAAGAUCUGAAGGCUGCUCAUGUUCGUGUUCAUAAGCUGCAGUCAGACCUCACAGCAGCCAAUCAGAUGGCAGCAGAGCUGAGAGAGCAGCUGCUGAGCAAAGAGAAAGAACACGAAGUGGCUCUGCACACCCUGAAGGACCAGGCAGUCAAUCAGAGCGCAGUCAGUCAAGAACAGGUGGACAACAUCCUGCAGGAGAACGAAGCUCUGAGGACAAACCUAGCUGCUCUAGAACAGGAGUCCAGUUUUGCUAACAGGAAGUUGUUGGAGCAGUUAACAGAAGAAGGACAAGAGAAGGAGAAGCUGCUGAGAGAGCUGGAUGAAGCCAAGAAGACAGCAGAGAAGAGGAAGGCCAUGUUGGAUGAGAUGGCCACACAGCUCAACCAGCUGAAGUCUGACCACAAGGAGGCGCUGUCAGACCUGAAACUACAGCAUGAGAAGGAGGUUCUGGGGGUCAGAGCUCGAUAUGAGAAGGAGCUGCGGGGUCUCCACGAAGACAAGAACCGGUCUGAGGAGGAGAUCCGCCAGCAGCUCAGAGAGGAGAAGGCUCGGACCAAAGAGCUGGAGGGCUUCCAGCAGCAGGUGGAGGACCUGCAGGCUCAGGUGCAGGCCAUGGAGGGGACCAAAGGAUGGUUCGAGAGACGCCUCAAGGAGGCUGAGGAGAACAUGGAGAAGAACGCUCUGCAGCAUCAGGAGGACAUCAAGAAGCUGCAGAAACAACACACACUUCAGCUGGAGGAGAAGCAGGCUCAGAUGGAGGGACUGAAGCAGCAGCUGCAGGAGGUGGACACUCAGAGAGAAGAACUCAAUGAAACCAUCAGGAAACUCAAACAGGAGAUUAAAGACACUGUGGACGGUCAGAGGAUUCUGGAGAAGAAGGGAAGCGCUGCGCUGAAGGAUCUGAAGCGACAGCUGCAGCUGGAGAGGAGGCGAGCCGACAAACUGCAGGAGAGGCUCCAGGAGAUCCUGACCAACAGCAAGACCAGGACAGGUCUGGAGGAGCUGGUUCUGUCUGAGAUCAGCAGUCCCAGUCGGACCCAGCAGACCGGGGACUCGUCCUCCGUCUCGUCCUUCUCCUACAGAGACAUGAUGAAGGAGCCCACCAGUCAGAACAAGUCUGGAGGAGGAAGUCCUCAGUCUCAGCGUCCCGCCGAGCUGUCUGACGACGAGGUGGGGGAGCUCUUCCAGCGCCUCGCCGAGGUCCAGCAGGAGAAAUGGAUGCUGGAGGAGAAGGUGAAACAUCUGGAGGUGAGCUGCUCCUCCAUGGCUGAAGACAUCUGCAGGAAGAGCGCCAUCAUCGAGACGUACGUGAUGGACAGCCGCAGAGAUGUGUCUGUCAGCGCGGUCGGAGGUCACGGAGGAUCUCAGGGAGACAGAGGAGGUCUCGGUUCUGUCCUCAGAGAUCUGGUGAAACCAGGAGACGAGAACCUGAGAGAGAUGAACAAGAAGCUGCAGAACAUGCUGGAGGAACAGUUGACCAAGAACAUGCACCUCCAGAAGGACUUGGAGCUUCUUUCCCAGGAAUUAGUCCGUCUCAGUAAAGACAGCAGCAGUCUAGCUGGUUCGGGAUGAGACUAACACCUGGAUUCAUUCUGCUCGCUUCCUUCCUCCUCUCACCCCCCCACCCCCCCUGCAUUCAGAAGUGCUGUGGGCUCUGACUACUGCCUGCAGCCUGGGCAGCUUUGUGGCUAUGACUAAAUUCUGAAUUUUGUCCAUCAGUUUGUGCAUGAGGUGAGGUAAGUUUUACAGAUGAGGGAGAACCUGAGGAGGAAACAGAACCUCAGUGAAACGGUUGGACUCAAUUCAUUAUUGCUGUUGAAUGUACUGUAAUUAGACUGCACCAUUCAUCUCUGAGUCCUGGCUAUGAUCUGGAAACUCACUUUGUAAGUGACCGUAAAUCUUUGUUUUCUGUGUCUUCAAAUGAAUGUUUGAUGGGAUCUGUCUACACCCUGGUGCAUGGCUCACAACUGACCCUGUAGUUUUCUGUUGGAGGAACUGUUGUGGCCAGACUACUUCCUGAAAGUCAUCUGAAACAGAGCCUGGCUGGAAUUAAAAACUUUUAACCUGUUGGUCAGUUUUUAACCAAUCAGAGAGCUUCUCUGUAAAAUGACAUCAUUCAUCAGGUAAAGUUUUAGUCAAGUUAACAGUUUAUCAGAGUCAACAUCUGUUGCCAUGGUUACAGUUUGUUUGUUUCACUAAAACAUGGAAACCUGAUAAAUGAUCGAUGCAGCAGGUUGUUCUGGUCCUACAGAAGCCUUCACACAGAAACUUUACGUUUCACAAGUCUGACUUGACUGACCUGUUUGUUUGUGUUCGUUUUAUCUGGAACAGCUGACAAAACCUUCAGCCUGACCUGUUUCAUAAAUGACUCGUUAAAACCAGAGAGAGACCUGAAAACACACAAGUACAGAAGCCUGGAGAGGACAUUUAUGUACAUGUCUCAAGGUAAUGACUUGUUACCUCUAGUUAAUGACUUGUUACCUCAAGUUAAUGACUUAUCUCAAGUUAUUGACUUGUUACCUCAAGUUAAUUUAUCUUUAGUUAAUGACUUGUUACCUCGACUUAAUGACUUAUCUCAAGUUAAUAACUUGUCAUCUCAAGGUAAUAACUUGUUAGCUCGAGUUAACUUUCGUCUAGAUAAUGACUUGUUAUCUCUAGUUAAUGACUUGUUACCUGGAGUUGAUGACUUGUUACCUUGAGUUAAUGACUUGUUACCUCUAGUUAAUGACAUGUUACCUAGAGUUAAUGACUUGUUACCUAGAGUUAAUGACUUGUUAUCUCUAGUUCAUGACUUGUUACCUCUAGUUAAUGACUUCUUAUCUCUAGUUAAUGACUUGUUACCCAGAGUUAAUGACUUAACUCAAGUUAAUGACUUGUUACCUGGAGUUAAUGACUUGUUAUCUCAAGUUAAUGACUUACCUCAAGUUAAUAACUUGUUACCUCAAGAUAAUGACUUGUUACCUGGAGUUAAUGACUUGAUAUCUCAAGUUAAUGACUUAUCUCACGUUAUUGACUUGUUACCUCAAGUUAAUUUAUCUUUAGUUAAUGACUUGUUACCUCGACCUAAUGACAUCUCAAGUUAAUGACUUACCUCAAGUUAAUAACUUGUUAUCUCAAGGUAAUAACUUGUUAGCUCGAGUUAACUUUCGUCUAGAUAAUGACUUGUUAUCUCAAGUUAAUGACUUGUUAUCUCAAGUUAAUGACUUGUUAUCUCGAAUUAAUGACUUGUUAUCUCGAGUUAAUGAAGUUGGUUUUGGGACUGAAGUUCGAGUCAUUAAACCAGGAUAAAGUUGGCCAAUGAUUUAAGGCUCAGACUAUUUUCUGGAUUUAAAGAUUUAAAGACUACCUGGCACUUUAAAGACGGUUGUUUUUCUAKAUUUUAAACUACAAAAUGAAACAUGAAAUUAGUUUUAAAGUAGAGACUUGUUUACCUUCAGUCUUCUGUGAAAAGUAAACAUUUACACCACAUUUUGUUCAGUUUCUUUCAGUGCUGGCAGCUGUGUGCAGGGCUCUGUCUAUGUUCUGGAUUGCGGUGUUUAUAUCUUGAUUUUGUGCAACAGAAAAUAUUUUAUUCUUGUUGUUUUUCAGCCAGGCUGGGUCUAAUUCCUGCUUGGUAAAAACAUUAACACGUUUCUGAUUUCUUUAUUAAAACUCUUAAACUUUGGACAUUAAGUGAAAACAAACACUUCCUGUUUGCCACCUGGUCCCUGACUACUACCUGGAUAAGACCUGCUCUUGGUCAUCUUCUGCUGACAAGGUUGGGACUAUAUCCUGGACUGAACACUUGGAAUGGACGUUGUGCUUUAAGUUUUAUUUACCUGCUUUGUUUUUGUUUGUUUGUUGCAGAAUGUAUUUCCUUCAUUUUAAAUCUUCACAAAAAGAAAAAAAACAGUUAUUUUGCAGCUUUAAGCAAUCAGAAAAGCUUAAAAAGAACUCUAAACAAAAUGUUGAAAGUGUUUAUGACAUUCAGCUGCUGAGCUCAGAUCAGUUUGGUUUGUAAAGUUUAAAUCUGUAAUAUUUACUCUGUGACACAAACGAUUUAUUUAUGUCUGACUUCAUCAUGACGCUAAUUAUUCUCUGAAGAAAAAUAAACUCCUGUAAAACGUU